GGUGGGGUAGGAGUAAAUAUUUUUACAGCGAUGGAUGCUGGGAGUUGUGGUUUUCCUUAGAUUAUACCAAACGGAAUCCAUUGCUUUGUUCUUUUUAAGGCGCAGGAGCUGGUUCGCACCCGAGGGAACUGAGCGGGAACUGCUUCCGUGGAAGCGGGAAUCGCCGUUCUUUGAGGUCAGACUAAAUUUCAGCUUCUGCCAGUUUCAGAAGCUUAACAGUUCCUCCUUCCCAUUCACAUGUGCGAGAGUAAACAAAGCCUACUCAGUAGGCAAGGAGGGACGUAAAUCCCACCGAACAUAAUACAUUAGCGCUCAAAUUAGCGCAGAAUGGGCUCCGUCGUAUUUUUCAACAAGUUUGACAUAACAAUCUCGUUGCUGCCGUUGAUUCGACUUUGGACUCCAUUCAAAGCAACGAACAGCUCAGAUGAUAUUCCGAUCCUCCCCCCCCCCCAAAAAAAAUAGAUCUUGAGAAACAGCUAUAGAUUGCAUCUGAAGGUUGAACCUUUCACUAAAGAGCAGGAGAAGGCUCUUUUUGUUUCCUUCAAAUUUACCCCGGACCCACAUUGAACAAAUCCACCCAGCUCCGCCCCAAUAGCAUCACUUCCUUUUCCACGGACUUGGAUUGAUCGGGCUCCGCGGCGAAGCUGACCGGCUACUCAACCCGGGAGAGCUGCCACUAUGAGAGUUCAUCUCGCGUCGCUGUCCCCUCCUUUUUCUUCCUUUUGCCACUGGUUCGUUGAGGCUGCAGCUGAAAAAGCGUUGGAAAAGGGUUUUGGAGAUCACAUUCACUGGAGAACACUGGAAGAUGGGAAAAAGGAGGCUGCAGCCAGUGGAUUGCCUCUCAUGAUAAUAAUUCAUAAAUCCUGGUGUGGUGCUUGCAAAGGUAUUAAAACCAAGUUUGCUGAAUCAAAGGAAAUCUCUGAGCUGCCAUAAUUUGUGAUGGUUAACCUCGAGGAUGAAGAAGAACCUAAGGAUGAAGCUUUUAGCCCUGAUGGAGGUUACAUUCCUAGAAUUAUUUUCAUGGAUCCCAGUGGAAAGAUCCAUCCAGAGAUCAUAAAUGAGAAAGGAAACCCCAACUACAAGUAUUUUUAUACUAGUGCUGAUCAAGUCAUCCAAGGGAUGAAGGUAGCCCAAGAGAAGCUAACAGGGGAUGCUUUCAAGAAAAAACAUUUUGGAGAUGAAUUAUAAUACCUUGAAGAUCUAUUUUGUAUAGGCUCACCAUCUAAAUUAAAUGUGACCCUAACUUUUUUCAUAUAAAAAUGUUGGUGCUCUGAAAAAAAUACUGUAGAUAGUAAACCAAAUGCUGUCUAAUUUUCACACAGUAAAUUCAAAAAAAGUAUUGUGUCCUCCCUUCUUUACAUUGAAAUGGAUAUUUAUAGAAGAAAAAAAUGGCAAAUACCUUAACAAAUAAAUGCUUCAAUUUUAACUGCAUGAGUAAUCAGGUUUCAAUGGAAUUUAAAGCCAAAUUAUAGGAACAUAUAUAUGAUUAUGUUAAGGGCAUUAAUCAGAAAGAUCUUUUUAAAAUAUCUUACAACUAAAACUUAGUAGAUUUUGAGAAAAGAAUAUGUGAAUUUUUUUCCUUUAACAUGAACUUAAUUCCAGUAUUUUUCAUCCUCGUAGUGCUAAACAUAUUUAGGAUACAAUUCCCACAAUGCAUGUUGGUUGGAAUUAGGGGAGUUAUGCUCAUAUUGUAAAUUGCCAAUUGAGUAAGAUUAAAUUAGAUUAAAUAUCUAUAAAUCUCAAAUUAAACUGAUACAAAUCUGCUAUAGAGACAAUGCAGUCGUAACAAUGCAAUCCUAUGCAUGUCUGCUCAAAAGUAAGAGUAUUAAGUAUUCCUAAGUACUAAUAGUAUUAGUACAAGGGUUAUUCCAUAGGAUUUAUUCCCAAAUACAUUAGGAUUAUGGUAGGUAUAGCCUCAUUUCCUGCUUGCUCCAGGAAUAGAAUGAAACAAAUACUAAUUAUAUGAUUAUGUGUACUUUUUCUUCAUAUAAUUGCCUGUUACUCCAUUUGGUUGAUUUAUAUAAACUUUGCUUUUAUGUAUUGGUGCAUUCAUCUUCCAAGUUUUUCAUUAGAACAAAAAAAACCCUCACUGAAUGUUAUGGUGGUUGCCUUAUUUCAGCAUGCUAUACUGUAUUUUUGUACCGGUGGAAAAAUGAACAAUAAUUUUAUAUUAAAUUUU